UAAAAGCCCUUGCAAUCCAGCGUGUACAUUUUAGUUUGAAGUCGCAUGGUUUGGCCUACACGGUGCAACUGGCCGGGACGGUGCGUAACUGCAGACAGAGCGAUAGAAAUUAUUCGGUGUGCUGCAACAAGACAACGAUGAUGGGUGCGAAACAAUAUUCUACGUGCUUAGCUCUAUUGGCAGGUGUAAUAGCAGCCUGGUUGGUUCUUGGUGACAUUGGGGUGAAUAGUGCUCAAACGGCGCCGGUUUUGUUUCUUACUGUGAAAAGUUGCAACUUUGGUAUGACGAAAGUCGAUCAUUUGAAGUGUGGUUAUUUGAUUGUGACAGACAUUUUAAUAAGUCCUGAUGGAGUGCCGCUACCAUUUUUCCACGAUAACAGAAUCAAUAUCAAGAAGUCCGGUCUGAAGAUAAUUGCGUCCUUUGGGGGGUCAGUAGUCCCUUCUGAGCUGUUUGCUUUUCUAACGUGUGAUGAUCAACGGCGAGCUGCAUUUGUGAAUAAUUUGGUCGAGUUUACACUAGCUCAUGGAUUCCAUGGAAUUGAUUUGGGCUGGCUCUAUCCAGCACCUCAGGAAAGGGAUCAGUACGUCCGAUUGUUAAGGGAUUUGAGACUUGCUUGCGAUCUGAAUGGAUUGGUGUUAACGGUGACUGUGCCUAGCCGACCGUCCGUGAUUGAGGUGAAUUAUCCGGUGGAAAAACUGGAUAAGUAUGCAGAUUACGUUAUCUUGAGUACGACGGAAUUUAGAAAACUACGCAAAACAUCAUUCAUAGCACCGUUGUACUCAUGCAGUCCAGGGUCUUCCAAUAGCAUUGAUUACCAUGUGGAUCGAUGGAAGAUGGCUGGUCUGAGCUGCGGGAAAAUUGUCAUUGUAAUUCAAACAAUGACAUUAACGUACAAGUUGUAUAUUCAGAAUGAGUAUCGGGUGGGUACACCAGCUCUGCAGCUAAAGAUUCGUCCGUACUAUAAAAUCUGUCGGAAACUGUACAGUGGGUCGCUAGAGAUUUGGGACAGCAAUGUUCGAAGCCCUUAUGCAUUCCGUGAUUUAUCCUGGUACUCAUACGAAAAUGAAAAGUCCGUUAAAGAAAAGGUGUGUUUUGUAGUGCAGCAGGGUCUUGGCGGGUUGGCUGUGUUCUAUUACGAUGAAGAUGAUCCGAUCAAUAUAUGUGGAGAUGGGCAGUAUCCUCUUACAGCUAUAGUGGUAGCGGCAAUGAAUUCACAGUACCAUCCGCCUUCAGUGAUUACUGAUUCACAGAUCUAUCAUUACGAUUCGCCAUCGUUAACGCCACUAUCACAACUAGACUACCACCAAUACAGUGAGGUUAACAGCAAAGACCCACUGGUUGUUUAUGUAGAAGAAGAGAACCCAUAUGGAAAGACAGUAUUGCCCUCCAAACCAAGCACUGGAACGUAUUUUCCAUCUAGCAAUGUUCAACACAAAUCGGGUCCACUGAAUUACAGCAUAAAUAAGACGUCGUUAACAAGAGAAAUGAAUGAUCAAUUUUCUACAGAUGGGUUUGAAGCGUUUUAUGGUGCCACAGACUCAGGAUCUGAUGAGUAUCAUGAAGAUUUUAUGGAUACGAUUUACGGUUUAAUGGAAAUUGGUCAGGGUGUAGAUAUGACUCCUCCCCAAUUAUCUACAAGCAAUAUGCCUUCUAUGGUGUUUAGCGAACCAAACCCCGUAUCGCCCACCGUACAACUGUUCUCGGAAAAUGUUCCCGUAGACAACUCACGGGCAUGCAAAUUGUUUUCAGAACAUACCAAUAACCAUCCUCCGGGACACACUGCAUGCACUGGGUGCAAAGGGUUUGGUACUUCCAAGCCAUGUACACAUUGCGCCUCUACGCCAGUCGAGCAUCACCGAGCAUGCUGUCCGUGCAAGCUGUCAGGAAUUAAAAUAGUCGCUACAGGAAAUGCACCGACAACAACAACUACUACAACUACAACGACGACAACUACAAUGGCGCCACCUGUCAUUCACUUUUUCCCCAUGAUUCCACCAACAAUGAAGCCACCUACAUGUUGCCAGGGGUGUGAAAAGUGUGUCAAAAUUAUGGCGACCGGUAAUGCCGAGGCUCCGAAAGAGGUAGUACAUCCUGUACAUUGCCCUUGUACAACGCCUGCCCAACAUCUGAAUGCUCAGCUAUACUCAGAGCAUUCAUGCAUGCCGGGAGCCAAAACUGCUGGAGUAAAAAUUCAAGCACAAGCUGUUGGAGCGCAGCCAAUUGUUCCAUCUGCACCUUUCGGAGUGAAGAUUUGUCCUCGCGAUGGAAUCCUUCACGAUCCGCAUGAUCGACGCUCAUAUUAUCUUUGCAAACGUGGCUUGCCCAUGUGUGAUGAAAAUAAGUUCAGCUGCGCACACGGUUACAUAUUUAACGAAAUGAGUAAAAAAUGUGUACCGGAAGGAUUGUCGAAAUAG